AUGUCCUUGGUCUGCCCUGGGGUCUCCUUCCAGAUGGACAAACCUUCCGGGUGGCAUCCUUACAAGAUGCCUGAACCACCUCAUCUGACUCCUCUCGAUGACGAGCAGCAGCGGCCUUACUUUGAGUCUCUCCCAGAUAUCAGUUCUCACUGGAUGAAGAUGAAGACUCUAAUGAAGUUUCCUGUGCUGCUUGUGAUCGUCACGGGGUCGUUUUUGGGGCUUUACGUGCUGCCUGACGUUUCUCAGUAUCAAAGCCACUGUCCCUGUGAGGAAUGUACAUUAGAAAAUGAUCCCUGGUUUAAUGCACGUGUCGACAAAUCAGUCCCCGUCUUUCUCACUGCUGACUACCAGCUACCUGAGGAUGCUUACAGAUGGUGGAAGAGAAUAUACCCAAGGAGGAACCGCAGCGUGUAUGAUGGACUUGUGGAGGAAAUAUUCAAAGUGAUCCCACACCACCCCGAUGUGAUGGCAGCAGGCUCAAAGAAGUGUGCUGUCGUUGGUAAUUCUGUCAACCUGAAGGGAUCACUCUAUGGACAGCUGAUAAAUUCCCAUGAUGUGGUGAUGAGGAUGAACGCUGCUGUAAUCAAAGGCUUCGAGGCAGACGUCGGGGACAAAACUACUCAUCAUAUCAUGUAUCCGGAGAGUUCUAUGCACUUGGACACUAAGACUCGUCUCGUCCUGUUUCCCUUUAAAAUACUGGAUCUGGAGUGGCUUCCCAAGGCUCUAACCACGGGAGCUUCGCGCAUUGAGAAAUGGAGCUAUCGAGCAAAGAUCAGAGCUAACAAGGACUUGGUGAUGUUGGUAAAUCCGGCCUUUAUGAGGUACGUUCAUGUGAACUGGCUGGAGAAGAAGGGCAACUAUCCUUCUACAGGCUUCAUGACUGUGGUGAUGGCUCUGCAUAUCUGUGAAGAGGUACAUGUGUUUGGUUUUGGAGCUGAUAAGGAGGGAAACUGGAAUCAUUACUGGGCCUUAAACAGGUUCAAAAAACUAAAAACUGGAGCUCAUCCUGGACAUUUGGAGUAUGAAACCAUCAAAAAGCUGGCUCAGCUCAACAUCAUUCGGUUUUACACCGGGGUUUGAUCUUUGCCUGAGUAUGUAAUUUUGAGCAGAGAAGGAAGCAGCAAAGGACGAGCUUUGAGCUGGGAUGUAAUGAUUCCAGUGAACUGUGGCCCUUACUCAUAAGCCCCCAUAGAUCUGUACUCUCCUAUAGGACUGUCUUAGACACAUGUUCAUCCUCA